AUGGGAAAUAAUUUUGAUAAAAAAAAGAUGAGCAGUUCUCCUCCUUCUUCAUCCAGUUCAGACAAAGCGAUGUCUAUAACGCGAAAAUUGGCUGUCAGUGCAAUCAAUGGGAUCCAAGAGCGUUCAAAUGACUAUAUACACAACCGGAAAAGCGAACGAGGGCAAGGCGAGGGGCGCAAGCGGGCAGCCUUAGCGGCGAUCAUCUCGACUGUCUCCUCUGUUGGAGCAGACAAGCUUGCACGUUCAGAGUUUGGUGAAUAUGACAAUCUAACAGAACAAGAAAUGCACGACAAGGUCCAUUUUAUGGACAAACUGACCAAUAAGUUAAUUGACACCAUUCCUCAGAGAUCAAACGAAUCAUUGGAAGAAUUGCGUCUUCGAUUAGAUGAUAAGCAUAGGGUGGACCAACCAGGGCUGUCAAUCACAAGAAUCAGUAGGAAUUUCAAGACGCUCAGUUCAAAGAUGGAUAUUGUGUUCCGAUUACAAUACUUUGUUCUCCGCACCAUUUCAUGGGACGAGCCGGCUCUGACCUUGACAUUUCUGAUUUUGUACACCUGGGGAUGUCUGAUGCCGUAUUUGUUUCUUGUUUAUCCGCUGAUAUACGUGCUGACCGCUAUCCUGAUCCCAAAUUAUCUCUACCGACACCCCAUUGAGAAGCCAGAUAUCAUUCCGACUCGCCAGCGUGGAGAUAAAUCAAUUUUUGGGUUUUUACAAACUCGUAACGACUGGGAAAAGGAUAGGCAGCAGCUUCUCGAAGAAAGGAGCAGAGAAUUGGAGCGCCUUCUGGGACAGGACCUGAAUCUAUCAACGAUCAGCUCCAGAAACUCAACAGAUUCCGAAGAUGAUACCAGUUCAAGUUUAUUGUAUGAAGCAUUCACGACCGAUCAAAAAAGCAACAUGGUUUUGAAAGCCGUGCUGGAAAGCGGAGAUUCAACUUCAGAUGACAAGAAACCUUCUGGGAUGAUGGACAAAGUGAAACUUCUAAUCAAUAUGAGGGAUCUACAGAACUUGACUUCCACUUUGAUCAAAAUAAUGGACAAAAUGGAGAAGAGCAUGUAUGAAAAUUGCAGCUUCAAGGAUGAGAAGAAGAGCACGAAACUGUUUUUCAAUAUUGUUUCUUUGGUGAUCAUUGCAAUGGUGCUUGGACCGUAUAUUCCUUGGCGUGCAAUAUUCAUUAUUACUUUAUGGGUUCUGCUUCUUUUGAAACAUCCAAGCAGAGGCGAAGUUUGGAAGCAGUUCAAGCCACAGAAAAAGCGCAAGCUGCCUCCACUAAAAAAGGCAUCGCCAAAAGAGAGAUUUUCAUGGGUGACAGAGAUCAUGGUUGAUGAUUCUCCUCAAUAUCGGGAAGUGGAAAUUUACGAAGUAGAAAAGCAAGAUAUCAUUGAGUCUUCUGUCUAUCAACUGUUUAUCUACUCGCCGUCUAUUUUCAAUGAAUCGAAUCCUUCCAGGUUGCAAAAGAAGAGGCCGGAUGGAACAACCAACUUGGCAAUUGUUCAACCACCAACUUCCAGUUGGAAAUAUACAGGAAAUGACUGGCUAGUUGACAGAGACGUGGCAUCGUGGACUUUAGAGAAUGGAGUGUCAGAUGAAGUUGAUAUAAGAGGAGAGUGGGCAUAUGACAAGUCUGGAGAAUAUCGCCGUCGCAGACUUGUUCGUGAGGUCGUGAGGAUAAGCCGACCAGCUAAGAAGCGCAACUUAACUAAGUCAUGA